AUGGUCCACCCAGCGGCCCAGCCCGACCUACUCCACAUAAGUGCGACCACACCGGAGCAGUUCAAUGACCAGCCUACCUCUUUCCCGGCUUUUCGAGGAGAUACGCCCUUGCUCCAACAAACAGGAACAGAUUCCAUUGCCAUAUUGGCCACGGCCGAGCGAGCUGUCACGUGCCAUAUUGAAACAACACCCGCCCCCUCUAUGGCCGAUGGCGACGCCUUUGACAAAACAAGCCUGGCCGCAUGUACCGAGAUAGCCUUUGCAGCAAGUACCAGAGACCUUUUCGAGCAAUGUAAAACAGACCGCGACAGAUUCUUACAUACUAUCAAAGAAGCCAAAGCGACGUUCCCAACCGGCCAGGGAUGGGAAGCCGCGAUCGCCACGAAGAAAGAUAAUGCUGACAUUCGCGAUCUCAUGAGGAUAUUUCAUAGAUUCGAAUGCCACAACAUUUACAAACAUGUCAUGGAAGCUGGCUUUCAUACAGGAACACACUGGAUCCGGGAUAUGCGUGCUCAGCUUGCGAAUAAACUUUGUCACGACUUUCCAGGUCGUUUUCAAGAUCAAAAGACUGCUAAUAGAACGUUGAAUUGGGUAGACCACGGUUGCAAAUAUGAACAGUGGGCUGGGAUGUUUAGCGAAACAAUGGACCUUGGGUAUCUUAUUGCGCUGCCUUCAGAUAUACCACAUUCAGCGUAUGGCCCUCUCCUGUUGAUCCUCAUCAACGGUCUUCAACUCACAGGUGUCCUGCAGAUAUACGUCAAGAUGCACUAA